AUGAAACAGCGUAAAGUAUAUAUUGGUACGGACAGAGCGAUGUUGCAACAUCGAUGUGAAUGGGAUUAUCAUCUUGAACAUCCGGAACGACUCAGUGCUGUUUUGGAGAAACUUGAGAGUUCUGGUCUACUGAAUCGAUGUACACAUCUGAAGCCUAAGAAAGCUAACUUGGAAGAUCUUUGUUUGGUUCACAGCCGAACGUAUGUUGAACGAAUUGCUCAAACACGGAAUAUGGAUCUUGAGGAGCUGGAAAAAAUUGCGUCAACUUUUGAUGAUGUAUAUUUCAAUAAUUAUUCUUAUGAAGCAGCUGCGAUAAGUGUUGGUAUAUCAUUGCAAGCUAUGGAGGCUGUUCUUUCUGAUGGAGAAAGAAAGAGUUCGUCCUUCGCAGUAAUUCGGCCACCAGGUCAUCACGCAUCACGUGAAAGAGCAUGCGGUUUUUGCAUAUUCAAUAAUGCCCGAACUCUCGGUGUGGAAAAAGUUUUAAUUGUGGAUUGGGAUGUCCAUGCCGGUCAAGGGACACAGUAUGCUGUAGAAGAUGACCCAAAAAUCAAGCUUAUAUCAAUUCAUCGUUAUCAACAUGGACUGUUUUGGCCUCAUUUACCUGAAAGUGCAAUUUCUCAUGGAUAUAAAAAUACAAUCAAUGUGCCUUUGAAUGGAGUUGGUAUGGGUGAUUCAGAAUAUAUUGCAUUUGUACAACAUUUUGUUGUCCCUAUAAUUUAUGACUUUGUUCCAAGUUUAAUUUUGAUAUCAUCUGGAUUUGAUGCUGGUUUUGGUGACGAAGAAGGAAAUAUGAACGUAAGUCCGGCUGGAUACUACUGGAUGACGAAAUUAAUUCUCGAUGCAGCUACUGCAGUCGGAUCGCCGUUGUGUAUGUUGAUGGAAGGUGGUUAUUUUAUCGACUCCCUUGCAUAUGGUGUUCAGUUUUGCAUAAAAGCUCUACUUAAUGACCCAGAACCACAUAUUGAAGUAGGAUUAUGUAGCCAUGUUUUUCUUCACUCAUUGCACAGUGCAGUUUUAUUUCACGCCUCCGAGUUUCCACGUCUCCAGUUACUUGCUGACGUUACUUCUCAUGUAAGGAUCCGCUCUUUUGUUCCAGCAAUAACGCCAAUCAAAACUGAAUAUAAAUAUCAAAAGGUAUCGGAUGGGCAAGAUGAUAUAUAUCCUACGCGAGGAAUAUAUGUCCGUCCAGCAGAAUCAUUAAUUGAACGUUUACAACAGGAACUUCAAGAAAUAAUAUCGAAUAGUUACAGUAUGAAGAAUAAGGAAGCUAUAUCGUUGGUUUUUGCUCAAAAAGUAAAUGAAGAGAAUACUGAAAAGGAGAUUCAAAUAGAAGUGAAAGAUCUUGAACACAGUGCAGUUGUCGAUUUUAUACAGCUACAUGUUUUAAAUACACCAUGUAUAAAACUCAUCCUAUCAGAAAAGAAUCGAAUGGAUCGAUUAAAGUAUACGCAGAAUAAUUGUAGCGAAGAUACAGUUAUUAGUAUUGUUGAAAGCCUUUUCAAAUUAUUCAAUCACCAACAUUGUAUUAAUUUUAAACAUUUAUUAAAUUUUGAGCUAGACUUAACAUAG